AUGAAAAACCACUCGUACUUUUUCAGCUUCAUCAUGCCCGAGGACACUGCAGACGUUGCCGCCAUGCAAGGCGCCAUUGAGCGCAUCCCCAACCUCACUGGAUCGCUCACCCUCGACCUCAACGGCGCUGUUGUGUCGUCCACCGGUGACCUCGCAGACAAUGCCAGCGAGACUGCUAGCACAAUUCACAACCUUCUCCGUGACACCCGCGGAGUUCUGACCACUGGAGACAAGACCGAGCCGUUCAAGCGUUUGUCGCUUGUGUUUGAAAAGUUCCAGUACGUCGUGACUAUUGCUCACAGUCACAUCUUCGUGGUCAAGACCUCGACUGCGUAACAGACUUGAACCCAAGGGGGCUUGAAUGUUGAGUAUUGUUGUGAUGUUGCAAACCAAAAAGAAAAAAAAGAACAAAAGAAAAAAAAAGUUGUUUUGAUUUCUCAAUAGACGAGAGCAGUUUUUCGACC